AUGCAGAGAAACAAUGAAAGUAACGAAGAACGCUAUCGCCAAUCGCCAGUUAUAUUGGAUCUAGACGUGAACUUAAAACAGCAACAGCAACAAAGAAUUCAUGACUCGGAAUAUAAUUCAGCAAACGCAGAGUUGAGCGAGGAAGAGCUUGCAAUUCGCCGGCAGAACUUGAGAAAGCGAUGGCAGAACGCCGCGGCAUGCGAUCAGCGCUCGCAUCAGACUACCCCAGCCGGCGGCGGCCAGGAUGGCUUCGUGGUGAUUCGAGUGCCAGAGUCAGAAAUUGUUGGAUCCCAAUCGCAUUUGGCGCCGCCACCGCCGCCCACUCCUUCGUCUCAGCCUCAAAACCUGCAGCUACAGCAGCAGCAGCAGCAGCAGCAACGCGAGAUCAAUAUAAAGACCACGGCAGCGCAUCGCGAGCACUCACAGACGGAGAAGGAUUAUAAAAAGUCAGCGUGCGAUCGUGAGCGCACCCGCAUGCGUGACAUGAAUCGAGCGUUCGAGCUGUUGCGCUCAAAGUUACCGAUCUGCAAGCCGCCAGGUAAGAAGCUCUCGAAGAUCGAGUCGCUUCGCCACGCAAUCACCUACAUUCGGCACCUGCAAAGUCUACUGGAACCGCAAUACUCGUAUCCCAGCAGCGCGUCGACAUCCGCGGAGAGGCCGACCAUCACUGCAGCGGCGGCGGCGGCUGCGGCGGCAGCAGCGGCGGCGGCGGCAGCGUCUGCGACGCCAACGGCAGCGACCUACUUCGCCGGUCCUUACACAGCAGAACAAUUGCAAAGGCCCGGGCAUAGGUGGGAUGCCUACGCGUAUUAUCGCUACGACUAUCACUCGGCUUUCGCGUCGCUGCCGCCGAUGCAGCCUCAGCAGCAAGCGGCAGCAGCCGAGCAACCGUACGCGUACGAGGUGAUGAGACCCUAGGCCUUUAUUGCACAUUCCUCUCUGCCCCGGGUGCCAGCCUGCAGGCAAAUUGAGCCGUGUCGCAAUUGGAAAUUGCGUGCGCACUGCUUAAAGCCUUUGGCUUUGACGCCUCGGCGAGCUUUAAUGCGCGCCGUUCUGCUCUGCGGACACGUGGCAAUAUUGUAUUUGCAUUAUAGCAAAGCCUGUCUGCGGCUAAUCUUGCCUGUUGCCGCUGUGAUGCCUCAAUCCAAAACUUUACUCCGAAAGUGUUCCUCGUUACCAUUAAUACUAUUCUACUCUCGUAUGCGUAUUCUUGUGCGAGUCAUGUACAUGGGUAUUAUGUUGUUCAAUAAAAUUUAUCUCACAUUUUUCGUAAUUGAUUCUGCUUAGUUUUUCAUUACUUGUCCACAGUAAACGAAUUCUUCAAAUAAUAAAACUUUUUCUUGA